AUGGCAGACCUAAAGCCCCCACAAACGACAGCUUCAAGGCUCCGCGCUUUGCUAGCUCAAGAACAUGGAAUUGUGGUGUGUCCAGGGGUUUACGAUGGCUUCACAGCUCGACUUGCCCUUAAUGCCGGGUUUAAAAUUUUAUACAUGACAGGAGCAGGCACCACCAUGUCACGUCUUGGGAUAGCCGAUCUGGGCGUUGCAACUAUGAACGAUAUGCGUGAUCACGCUGCCAUGAUCGCCAGUCUUGACCCUACAGUCCCUUUGAUCGCAGAUGUUGAUACAGGCUAUGGCGGUCCUCUUAUGGUAGGCAGAACAACAGCCGCAUAUAUCAAUUCAGGAGUCGCUGCUUUCCACCUCGAAGAUCAAGUGGUGAACAAGCGUUGCGGCCAUCUGAAAAACAAAGAGCUUGUCGAUGAGGAUACCUUCACCUCCCGGAUCCGCGCUGCAUCAAACAUGCGAGCUCAGCUUUCCAGAGAUAUCGUGAUUAUUGCACGGACCGACGCUCUCGCUUCUCUAGGUUAUGAAAGCGCUCUUUCACGAUUGCGGAAAGCCGUGAAGGCUGGUGCUGAUGUUGCGUUUCUUGAAGGCGUAACGAGUGUUGAGGAAGCGAAGAGGUUUUGCGCGGAUAUGAACGGUGUGCCGUGUCUUUAUAAUUGCGUUCCUGGGGGCGUGAGUCCGGUGUUAAAUGUUAAGGAGGCGAAAGAGUGUGGGUAUAAGGUUCUUAUUACGCCGAUACUGGGGCUUGGGGCUGUGUAUGAGGCGGUUAGUAAAGCGUACAAGGGGCUAAUGGAGGAUGGGGAUACGAAGGGGAAUGGGGUUGCUGUUAGGACGUUAUUUGAGAGUUGUGGGUUGGAUGAGGCGGUGGAAUUUGAUGUGAAGGCUGGUGGGAAAUUGUAUCAGAAUGGUGUAUGA